AUGGCUCGCGUUCCGGUUCUUCUUCUGCUCACCUGCCUGCUCGGCUUCUACCUGAUCGACGUGGCCCGCGCCGACUGCUACCACUGCAUCCAGGGCAGCGAACGGGCCCUCGCCCACUAUGGCAGCGCACCGGAAUUCGUAUCGAUCCUCAACGGCGUCGAGGCCUCCGUCGAUUGCGAGAACGUUAAGGAUUCGACAAAGAAGUGCUCGGGUACCAACAAGUGCGUCCACAUGCACAUCGACGCGAAGACUCCGGAAGCGACCGUCGAGCAGUUGGAGGUGCGCACCUGCGCCACCGGGGUCUGGCUGGAGAAGUGGGCGCCCGGCUAUGGAUCAAUUCCGGCACCGAAAGCUGAUGCGACAAUAACGGGCCACUCCUGCGAAGGCGAUCUGUGCAACAAGAUCCCGAUGACCGAAAUGAAGCAGCGCGCUGAAGAAGCGGCCAAGAAGCAAUCGUCGACGGCCUCGUACCUCGUGCUCCCCGUCGUCACCUUCUUCGCCUCCAAUAUCCUUGCCUUCUUC